AUGACCGUACAUGUCGGCCAGGUUGUCCGUGUUGCCCUGCUGUCCGUUGUCAGUAAUGAUCGUGGGCGGAAGGUUGUCAAAGUUUCCUUCAAGCCCGACCUUGUCAAUGUCGGACUCAAUCCUGUGCAUGCUCUGCGGAAGGGGUUCCCGGUCUAUGCAGCUGUGCGUUCUGUUGAAGACCACGGCUACGUGCUUUCUUUUGGUGCCCAUAUCUUCGCGACGGGUUUCCUGCCGUUUGACAAAUGGCAACCGGCCGGCGAAGAAGGUAAAGGGGAUGAAGAUUCCAACCUCCGUGUUGGGCAGCCAGUCGAAGUAGUUGUUGAGCAGGAUGUUGUCGUUCCCAAGAAUAAGGAGGGGAAAAGUUUCGCUGGUGUCGCCCAGGUGUCGGCAAACAGAGAAGCGGUUCUUGCCGCAACUGUUAGUGUUACAGAGCAGCUCAACUACCAUGAGCUCAGGGCAGGUAUGCUUGUCCCGGCCAAGGUGAUGAUGGAAGGGCCUGGUGGUGUGGCAUUGAGCGCGUUUGGAGUAUUCAAGAUUGCCGUCGACGCCUCCCACGUCCCUCGAUCAACAGAUGGGACCUGGGACGUCGAGGUAGGCAAGCAGAUUCUUACGCGCCUUUUGUACGUGGAUGCAUCUCAGAAGCGAAUUGGCGCUUCACUACUAGACAGCUAUGUUAUGAAGCUCUCACCUCCGCCUGUUCCUACCGAUUGGAAGGUUGGUUCUGUAAUGAAGAGGCUCAAAGUUGAGCAGGUGAAGCCUGGAUAUGGCUUGAUCAUGUCGUGGGCAUCGCCAGAGGGGCAAGACGUGACUGACGGAGAUAAAGAUGCCACCAUGGAUUGCUCUGAUGAGGACGUGGCCAAGCUCGAUGAGGAGCUCAGAGAGGCUCAAGUCCCGUUAUUUGCACAUAUCAGUCAUGUUUUUGAUUCGAAAGAUGUGAAGCUUGAAUCCAAAUAUCACAAAGACAUGAUUGUCACUGAUGGGGCACGGGUCGUGUCUGUUUCUCAGUUUGAUGGAGUGGUUAAUGUCGAUCUGCGACCGAGCGUCUUGGCGCGAAAGGCUUUGUCUCUAGACGAGAUUGAGCCAGGUUCUUUGUACGACUGUAGAGUUAUGAGCCACACGACUCUGGGUUCGCUGUCUGUUGCCGUUGAUGGCGACACUCAUCUGCAAGGCAUUGUCCCAUCAACACACGUUUCUGAUGUUUCUAUUUCCUCGAAGCGGUUGGGCCAGCACGAAAGCCUUCGGGUCGGCGCCAAGUUGAGAUGCCGCGCACUGUACGUCAACUUGCGGAAAGGAAAAGUUAUCCUUGCUGCCAAAAAGUCGCUUGUAUCACCAAAGUACCCCCUAUUGACCUCUAUGGAACAUGCAAGCAAAGCUCUUCGAGCAGCGCAGUCCAGCGCCAAGAAUGAACACCGCACUGCUACUGCAGCAAUUUUCAGUGGGUCUGUCUUGCGAGUAUUGGAGAGUGGCAGUGUCGUGAUCGCAUUUUGUGGACAGCUGGCUGGGAUAGUACCACAUUCUGAACUAUGUCUUGGGACGCCGAUCGGUUCUACUUAUUCUCAGUCUGAUGUGGAAAAGCUCUACCCUGUCGGACAAACAGUGCACGUGAGACUAACAAGAGUCAUGGUAAAACUUCGCCGAAUUUUGGCGUCGAUGGACCUGCAGCAAAACGAGCCAAGUCGAAGGCCAGUUCCGCUGCAACUUGGACAAUUCGUUAACGGGAGUGUUACCAAGAUUGAUGAUAUCGCUAAUCAUGUGGUAGUGUCAGUAACGGUGAAGCCACACCACGACGGAGAUUCUGAGAUGAAAGUGAAUGCCUCCGAGAUGCAACGGGAUGCUGAAGAGCUAGAAGUUGAUUGUCAUCUUCCAUUUGGUCAUAUCGGGGAUACCCAUGGAAUGACGGAGCGAAUAGUUUCUGAAUUGUCGAAGGGAUUUUCCAAAGCAUCUGAAACCACGCCUGCUGCGCAGUUGUGGUUGAAAGACCUAAUGGUCAUAUCCAUUCGUGAUGCGACCCCUGUACUUACAAUGAAGCAAAGUCUGAAAGACGCGGCAGCAUCAAAGAGGCUCCCGAAAAGCUUUGAGGAUGUUGACGAGCUCAUGAAGAAGAUGGAUUCCCAGAAGCAAGGACCUGUCGUUCUUAGCGGAUAUGUCAAGGCUCUGCUACCCUCUGGAGUUAUCGUUGGUUUUCUUGGGGAUGCUGUCGGAUUUGCGCGCAAGUCUCGUAUUGCAGAUCAUUUCGUGAGCGACCCUGCUCGCGUCUUGAAAAUCCAUCAGUCCGUCAGUGCAGCCGUGGACACAAUUGACAAGGAUAGUCAACGUUUUCAGUUGUCUCUUCGUCUUUCGGACGUAGGCAGCCAUAGCCUUGCAAGGCAAACGCUUUCAUUGUUUCAAUCUUUAGAGAAGUGGAGAGACUUCUUGCGGAAACCCAGUAUAGAGAACAAAGUUGCAAUUGGCUCCAUUAUUGAUGCGGAAGUUGCAGCAAGGCAUACCUACGGUUUGACUUUCAAACUUAAGUGUGGGGACUCAGACAUUCUUGGGGUAUCUCUUGACGUGAACGAAACAAACAUGGAAUUUCCGAGUGGAGAGGACCUGGCGAUGACAGAAAACCUGGAGUUGUCUUCCAAGAACAACAAAAAAAAGAAAUCGAAGAAACCAGUGAAGGAUGAGCAUGCCUCAAAGCAAGAACAAGUCCGAGUACUAGACGUAGAUCCCUUUUCGGAAGUCGUCGAUGUCUCCCGAGAUGCAAAAAUCAUUGCGGGAGGUUCUAAAAAGUCCAUUCUCAACAUUGGAAGCUCUUUUUCGGCGACAGUUCUACUUGUCAAGAGCAGUUACAUUAUUCUAGCUGUCGCCAGGUCGAUGAGAAGGACGGCAAUAGCAUUUGCCGUGGGUCCCACCGUGUCAGAUAACCUUGAGAUUCGUCCGGGCACUCACGUACAAUGCACGGUUUUGGAUAAGAGUCUUGCCCACACCAGGCGAAAUCUGGUUGUCAUUGACUGGAAAGGAUUCAGAGAAAAUUCCGCAAAGUCUACACAGCAUGUCAAGAUUGACAGGAAAACUGACUACUCAACCACUGUGUCGCUGCUACGCGAUUCCGGCGGCCAAGACGAAAGGCUGGUUGUUGGGAAGAAGUUGGCAGGCAAAGUGACAAAGGCGUUCCCACUUCACGUUUACGUUGGCAUUGCACAAGGAAUAGUUGGGCAAAUUCACGUGACCAAUGUUGAUUUUCUUUCCGAUUCAGAAAGAGCCGGACUAGCGUUGGGUCCCCCGCCCGCGGAGAUAGCUUCCCGAUUUCAGUUACCAGAAGUGGGUUCAAAAGUGGGCCCUUUGUACGUGGCGGGUGUCAAACGGGCAUCUGAAGAUCUAAAUGCUAAUCCAAUAAUAGUAGAUUUAUCACUCGCCGAGAAGAGACAGUAUCUUGGGGAUGUCUCGGAGGGGCAGAAAUUCCUUGGGUUCAUCACGAGUAUUUCCUCCCGAGUGAGAAAAGCAAACGGAACUCAGGCAAAGGAAAACAAAUAUUCGUACACUCAAGUCGCGAUUGGUCCAUCGACGUUUGUGAGUUGUAUUCGUUCUAACGUCGUAGUCGAAGGUGACAGCAGCGAUUUGGUGGACGGGUCUCCAGUCGUUGUGCAGAUCACAGAUGUGGGAAAGGGAGACACGCCAAAGUUAUGGGGAACGAUUUCUGAGAGCGGCAAGAAAUCUGACGGCUUUUUCGCGGGGGUUGUGCUAGAAGUGAAUCCCAUCCGUGGCCUCAAAGUGCACAUUCCAUGGCAUGAACGGGGUCCUGACUCUAAAAUGAAAUCAUGGGGUAUUGUAGCUCUUUGUGAUAUUGCAGAAGACUUCGACGAAGUUUCCUCAGCAAUAUCUAAUUUCAAAGAAGGGGAUUUGGUGCGGGUCCGGAAGCCUCCUGCUCCUAAAGGACCAUCACAGAAAGAAACUGUGAUCUGGCUUUCUAUGCGGAAGCUGACUGACUCUGGUCGCGAUCAGGUUUUGAGGGAGGAAAAAGUAUCUUCGUUAAAGACUGGUGCGAAGUUGCGCGGUUUCGUGAAGGCAACGACCGAGAAAGGUUGCUUUGUGACUAUCGGUCGCGGUGUUUCUGCGCAUAUCAAAUUAGGAGAUCUUUCUGAUGAUUUUGUGAACGAGCCCAAAAAAGAAUUUCCAGUGGGCAAGGUUGUAGAGGGGACCGUGCAAGGGCACAAAAAAGGAGAGUCCUCGUCCCUUAUUUCUCUUACAUUGCGAAAGAGACCCCGCAAGUUGCUGAAGGAGGGUCCAAAGUUCGGAAGCCUGGAGGAAGGAAGCAAGGUUUUUGGGACUGUGAAGCGCGUUGAAGCGUUUGGGGCGUUGAUUGAAAUCUCACAAGAUGUAACCGCGUUAUUGCACAAGAGUGAAGCUGAUCAGGACAGGUUUAUCGAAAAUCCUAUGGAGGAGUGGUCGGUUGGCCAGAAGCUUACAGCUAUUGUCAUCAAGGUGAGCGAAAAGGGAGUACAGCUGGGAACAAAGCGAUGCUAUUUUGAAGCUGCCGGAAUAUCUGAUUCUCAAACAGAAGAGUUCUUGAAGGCUAAUGAGUCAUCCCGAGCACCUGUAGCCAUCUCCCAUGAAGGGAUGGAUUUGAAUGUCACGGAUGGCGGGGAGAUCAUUGACGCGGGGGAUGAUGAGAUUGACAGCGUCGUGUCCAACGAGAACAACACUGAUGAAGAAGAAGCGAAUGCCAUCGAUGUAGCAAGACAAGAAGCAACCACACCGGGUGAAGGGGGCAGCACGGCUGACAUCCAUGUGGUGAACGAGAUGGGUAAGACACCCAGUGAUGAAGGCGAAGAAGUACCCCCCUUGUAUACUGGUACAGGAUUUGACUUCAGCGACUCUGCAAGAGGCCAUGUAUCGAGUCGUGAGGAUGAGCCCGAUGAUGAUCUCAAAGACAAGCAAGCUGAUAAUAGAACUGCCAAACCAGAGCCCGAAAAGAAAACUUCUCGGGACAAGCGUGAGAAGAAGCGACUCAAGGAGGCAUCUGAAAAGGCAAUCCGGUUACGGGAAGAAGCGCUUGCAAAGAAUCCGGACUCUCCACAGACAGCAGCUGAUUUUGAACGACUUCUUGUGGGGGAACCAAACUGCUCCGUUCUGUGGAUUCGCUACAUGGCAUUUUCUCUCGCGUUACAUCAAGUGGACAAGGCCAGAUCAAUAGCGGAGCGGGCACUCGACACAAUCAGCUUAAACGAGGAGUCACACCGCUCAAACCUCUGGAUGGCAUACCUCAACCUCGAAGCGCAGUAUGGAGCUUCUAAUUCUGUUAGUGAGGCAGCUGGUGAUAAUCUAGGCCUUCAGAAAGAUGCAGCUGUGUUCCGUGUGUUUGACAGAGCUUGUGAAAGAGUCACAGAUGUCGAGACGCUUCACCUCCAAGCAGCGGGGGCACUUCGCGGAACCAGUACACGCAUUGCUGAUGAGAUGCUUCAACGAGCCACCAGAAAAUUCAGACGUUCGAGCGCCGUUUGGGUUGCUCUUGGGGAGGUUCAGUUUAAGUCUGGAGAUAAGAAGUCAGCUCGUCGUACAUUAGAAAAAGCACUCGCACGCAUUGAAGAGACUGAUCACGUACGGGUAAUUUCGAAAUUUGCCCAGUUUGAAUACAAGUACGGAACCUCCGAACGAGGGCGUACAGUGUUCGAGUCUUUAGUCGCCAACUUCCCAAAACGACUGGAUCUAUGGAAUGUCUACCUGGACAUGGAGACGAUCGAAUGCCAACAGGCUGAAGGAGAAGCAAAGCAGCAAGCCGUAGAGUCGACGAGAAACUUGUUUGAGAAGUGCACUGCGUUGGGCUGGAGUUCAAAGAAGAUGAAAUCUGUGUUCCAAAAAUGGUUGGCGUUCGAAAAGCGGUUGGGCACCAAGCAAGAUCGCACUGAAGUUAAGAACAAGGCACGCAAAUACGUUGAGCGCAGUGUAGCCGCGAAAGCAUAAAAGUAUCUGCUACUGCUUGAAGUCAUUGGGAAUUCACACAAAAAGACUUGCUUUCUAUUCAUCCCCUAUCGAUGAGCAUGUCUCGCACUGGCCCGCAGUAGCUAGAUUAAAAGGGAGGAAAUGAUAGAGAAAAUCUGGCAAUUGCAAUUGUGUAUGUACAAGUAGACGAGCGAUGUAAGUUAAUAAAUAGAGCGGCAGGCUAGUAUCGAAAGCCGUGCUCUGCCUCA